AUGAAGUUCAUCGCUACUGCUCUCACCCUCGCCACCGUCGCUGCUGCGACCAACGUCCGCUUCGACCCCGUCUACAACACAGUUGGCGAGUCCACAGACGUCGUGGCGUGCUCGAACCUCGCGGAUAAGUUCCCGACGCUCGAUUCAUUCCCAACGUUCCCGAGCGUCGGCGGUUCGCAGGUCAUCACCAGCUUCGCCGACGCAGACUGUGGGACCUGCUUCAGCAUAACAUUCAAUGGGAAGAGCCAGUUCUUCACCGCGAUCGACGUCGCGAAAGACGGGGUUGUCACCUCUCAGACGUCAUUCAGCCAGCUCGCAAACAUCAACAACGGCGUCAUCAAUGCUUCCGUGGUCAAGGUUGCCGGUUCCCACUGUGGGAUGUAG